GUUCAUACGACGGAGCUCAGCAGCUCAAGUGGCGGUUGUGCACUGGGACGACAGCUGAUGUGCUACUGGCACAAUGUUGCGUGUCACCACUGCCUCUUUGUGCACAUACUGCCAGAGAAUAAAAUUCUCUCUCACCCCUGUGGCACCUUUCUCUAAAGUGACCUCCACCAACAGCAGACUGGAAAACCCUCACACAAUUGAGGCUCUCUACAAACUCUCUGUAGACAUAGGCAAGGUGCGCAAGUUUAAAAGCUGGGUGUUAUCAGAAACAUCAGCAUAUGUUAGUGAAACUGCAGGCAUGCUAAGAGAAAUGGGUGCAGAUCCUUCUUUAAUUGCCUCAAUUCUGCAAAACCAUCCCGAAGCAAUACUGUGCCAUCCACAUGACAUCAAAGAGCAGAAAAACCUGUGGAUGUCUGUAUGUGCGAGUGACCGUGAGUUGAUCAGUAUUAUUGAGAAGUUCCCUGCGGCCUUCUUCAUGAUGUCUCAUCAUGAAAACCAGCGUGCCAACAUUGUUUAUCUCCAGAGUCUUGGCUUGUGUAAAAGAAUCAUUGGUAAAGUGAUGGCCAGUGCUCCUCAGAGCUUCAGUCAGCCUGUCCAGAGGAAUAAGGAAGUGAUCCACACAUUAAGAGAAACAUAUCUGGAACUUGGCGGAGAUGAAUGUAACCUUAAAGUCUGGCUGCAAAAACUCCUUGGCCACAACCCCUUUGUCCUGCUGUGGCCUGCUGCAGCCUGGAGAGAUGGUCUAUGCUUCCUUACAGACCAGGGGUUCACAAAAGAGGAGAUACUUGGUGUGGUCUCCCGUCUCAGAGCCUCUAUCCCAGAGCUGCAACCAGAGACCAUGCACCAGGCACUGUCCUUUUUCGAACAAGUCCUAGACUGUUCCAAAGAGGAGUUAAAACAAAUAGUACUCUGCUGUCCUGCCAUACUUUCUCUCUCCGUGCCCACUCUAGUGCAGCGGUUCUAUGGGUUAAUGGACAUAGGACUGAAUGCAGAGCAGAUCAAAGACUGUCCUGCUGUCCUGGAGUUGACCACUCAGAUGGUGCUGUACCGAAUGCAUAAGCUGUCCUCCUGUGGGUAUGACAUCCAUAGUGGGAACCUGGACAUAAUUGUGGGAUCAAAGAGAGACUUUGACAUGAUCUGUGGUAUGCUGCAACAAAGACAUCAGAAGACAAUGGUAAACACUGCUACUCCUCUACGAUCUGUAGAGGAGUGACCAAUAUAUUUUUUACAAUUUUAUAAAACAGCAGCAUCAACAUUCUGUUAUAAAUGCAUUGUGUUUUAUAUGGAAUCAUUACACAAAUUAAGUUUUAAAGCCUUACCAAGUGUUCCACAAAUUGACAAAGUCUAUCCAGAAUAGAAUGAUGUAUUAGUAUCAUUUUUUCACUUGUGAAGCAGUUUUGUAAAAUGUCAUUAAAUGUUAAACUCUCCAUCUUUGGUUAAUUUAACACUUUAAUAAAUACCGUGUAAUGGG